CAAAGCGGAGAAUGCAGAUAUUUGGAACACAAGGAGCAUGUGACCGCAGUUCGUUGCCUUUGACCCGGAAGUGCUUGAGACAAUGUCAUUUGUUUGUCAUUUACUUUGGAUAUGUUUAUAUUAAUUUAUUUUAACCUUUACCACGUAAAGGCUUUUAUAUAAAUGAAUUAUUGUUUUUAUUAGAGCUUGACCCCAAAGAAAAUGCAGUUUUAUGUAGUGAAUUUCAAAAGCGGAAGUGGCGUCGCGUUACACUACAGUAUCCGGAGAAGUAAAUAAAUUCGGACUCUGCUUCUUUACGUGGAACGACUUUUAGAAGGCGCAUGUUGACGUCUCGGCCAUGGCUUUCGCGUGACCGUACAGUUUGAGGGCAAACGCGUCCAAACACGAGGGGAACACCUCGUCCUGAAGUGGUGACUGUUAUUUCCAGGGCAACAUGCUGCAGCUGGGGGAUGAAGUCACGCUCUACUCGGUGGUGUUCGUGGUCGUGCUGCUGACCACCAGGAGCCCCAUGUGGUCCACCGUCGUUACUACCUUCAUGUACCUCUUUCUUGCUUUGUUUCGAUUCCCCCCGGUCCCUGCGAGCCGCGCACAGCAGGUGCUUCACCCAAACAAGGUGUCGGUGAUCGCUCACCGGGGCGGCGGACACGAUGCUCCGGAGAACACCUUGGCUGCGAUCCGAGAGGCCAGUAAAAACGGGGCCACUGGGGUGGAGCUGGACCUGGAGUUCUCUGCAGACGGGGUCCCCAUAUUGAUGCAUGACGAAACCUUGGAUCGCACGACCAACGGGGAGGGGGCGCUCACCAAAAUGACUUACUCACAGAUGGAGAGACUGGAUGCCUCUGCCAAGCAUCGACUCAGGGAAAAGUUUGCCGGAGAGAAGAUCCCGACUCUGGAAGAGGCGGUGGAGGAAUGCAUCCGACUGAAUCUCGUCAUAUACUUCGACGUGAAAGGACACCCGGAUCAGUCGGCGGCAGCUCUGUCAGCCCUGUACAAGAAACACCCCGUCCUCUACAACAGCAGCAUCGUCUGCUCCUUUGAGCCCAAAGUUAUCUACAGGAUGAGGCAGACUGACCGUGAGGUUGUGACGGCGCUGACCCACCGGCCCUGGAGCCUCAGUCGGUUUGGAGACGGGAGCCCUCGCUUCUCCUCAGCGUGGAAACAACACUGGAUGACGCUGAUGGACCUGGUGCUGGACUGGGCUCACCAUCACUGGCUGUGGAAGCUCUGCGGCGUCUCGGCGUUCCUGGUGCAGAAGAACUUUGUGUCUCAGGAUUAUGUCCAGUACUGGAGCCAGAGAGGGGUGGAGGUGGUGGCCUGGACCAUCAACACCGGAGUAGAGAAGGAUUACUAUCAGGAGCUUCUUCAGGUCAACUACAUCACCGACAGCCUGGUGGAGGACUGUGAGCCACAUUACUGACAAUACUGACUUCACCAAUACGUACUGUGAUCAUCUCAGGACUGCUGUAGUGGAUUAUCACCACCCGAGGUUUGUUAUAUUGCAGCGCAAUUGGCCUAAACAUUAUGACCAGGCAUCUCACAUAUCCCACUGAUCAGUGGAGGAGUCAUCACAGCAUGUCUCCUCAGAGUCACUGUGUCAGGAGUGAGGCUUUCCUCAUAGCUAGUCAUGUGAUUUACAGGACGUUUAUUUCCAUCACAGUGCUCCUGUUGGCACCAAACUUCUCUUGAAAUGAAAUAAAAUACUGUCCUUCACAUGAAUGAUUUUCCUGCUCUUUUAAAUGUGGCAUUUUAAGCUUCAAAAUUUGAUUUGAUUUGUCAAAUAUUUAUCACAUCAUUUAUAGGAUUUUAAUAGAAUUUGUAUACAUCCAUGUAUGGCAUUUUAACUAUAAUGAUUUUGUUACGAUGAAACGGUAAAAAAUUUUCUUGGAUGACAAAUAUGUAAUGAUGAGUCAGCAAUAAGCGUGUGUUCUGCAGAAUGUUUCAGGGUGCUGAUUUGUUUUCUCAUUUCAGGAAUGCUGUUAUUUAUCGUUAUUAAUAACAACGACAGUUCAACAGUUAAAACUGCAGGUUUCAGUUUGACAGAAAGGUGCAAUUAAAAUCAUUUCUAAAGUCAAAUACAAGUUUCUUGUGUUUUCUUUUUUUUCCAGUUCAAGAUUGCUUCAGGUUUGGGGAAAGUAUUAUGUAAAUGCUGUUACGAUAAUCGGGGGAAAAAAGGAAGUGCAAAUAUGUAUUUUUGUUUCACCCUGUAACGACUUCUCACCAGGCAGAUAGAACGUGACCGCAACGUAACACCUCACUGCUGGGGUCAGCGUCCACUGUCUGUCCGGAAUAAAGGCCACUCUUUGUACUUUGACUCCUUGAGAAUGUUUUCAUUUUCUACCUCUUACUCAGCGCUGGACUCGGCAGUGAUACAUUGACCGUCUGUGUGUUGUCUGGGCUGUUGAUAAUCUGCUCCUGCUUUGCGUCAGACGAUGACUGACCCUGACAUCUGACUCUUAAUAUGAAUCCAGAAUUGAAACAUGGAAAUUGAAAUCCCGGCUCUUGAUCUUGUUGUCAUGCACUU